CAGGCACUGAACCAAAAGGGUAAACAAAUAUAGAAAAAAUAAAAAAAAAUGUUAUGUUGCAGGUCUCUAAGUCCAGCUCCACUGUCUAGCUCACCAUUCAUCACCAUCAACAACAACAAAAUCUUCUCCGACAAACAAACCCAUUUCCGACAAGUCACAUACUCCCAAGCUGCGGCAAAUUAUAUCACCAAAUCCGGCAUUCAAAUGGAUUCUGCUCCAAAAUCGGGCGAGCCCACUUUGGAAUUUCUCUCCAAGAAGCCUUACGUCCCGCCUUCAUGGGCAUCGCACCUCAAUCCCCUGCCUCCCCACAUCUUUUCACUUGGUCAUUUUCCGACUCCGAUUCACAAAUGGAACCUUCCCAAUCUGCCCAAGAACACCGAGGUCUAUGUCAAGCGUGACGAUCUUUCGGGGAUGCAAUUGAGUGGUAACAAGGUAAGGAAGCUCGAAUUCUUGAUGGCAGAUGCUGUGGAAAAGGGUGCCGAUUGCAUUAUAACUAUUGGAGGAAUACAAAGCAAUCAUUGUCGAGCAACUGCUGUGGCUGCCAGAUAUUUGAAUCUAGACUGUUAUCUUAUACUACGCACUUCAAAGGUUCUAGUUGACCAGGACCCUGGGUUGACUGGAAAUCUGUUAGUUGAUCGUUUGGUUGGAGCUCAUAUAGACCUUGUUUCUAAAGAAGAGUAUGCUAGCGUAGGGAGUGUGGCUCUCACCAAUUUACUGAGAGAAAAACUGCUGAGUGAAGGGAGAAAACCAUACGUUAUUCCUGUGGGCGGAUCAAACUCCUUGGGAACCUGGGGAUACAUUGAAGCCAUUAGGGAGAUCAAAGAUCAGAUCAAGAAAGCAAAUGAGUUGGCAUUUGACGACAUUGUUGUAGCAUGCGGAAGUGGAGGCACCAUUGCUGGUUUAUCUGUUGGGGCUUGGCUGAGUGAGUUGAGAGCUAAAGUCCAUGCUUUCUGUGUAUGUGAUGAUCCUGAUUACUUUUAUGAGUUCUCUCAAAGCCUACUCGAUGGACUUCAAGCAGGUGUUAGCUCACGUGAUAUUCUCGACAUAAAAAGUGCCAAAGGCCUUGGUUAUGCCAUGAAUACAGCUGAGGAAUUAAACUUUGUGAAAGAUAUUGCUCAAGCUACUGGCAUUGUUCUCGAUCCAGUCUACAGUGGGAAAGCAGCUUAUGGAAUGAUGAGAGAGAUGAUCGAUAAUCCAGAAAAAUGGGAAGGGCGAAAGGUACUCUUCAUACACACGGGCGGGCUCUUGGGCCUGUUCGACAAAACAGAUCAAAUGGGCUCGUUGCUCGGAAAUUGGCGUCGAAUGGACAUACACGAAUCCGUGCCUCGUAAAGAAGGCACUGGCAAAAUGUUCUAAAGACAAUGUGUUCAUGUGCAAGGAAGACAUUUUAUUUCAUCUCUUGGAUCAUAUUGUAGUGACUUUAUUUUAUGUCCUUUGAUAAUAAAUAUAUGUUGAAUAAAAUUUGUUUAUAGCAUAAAAUAGCUUAAAAUGAUCAUUCAUAUGGAGAAAAGGUAUAAAUAUGAAUAUGGUGGGUCAUGUAUCUAUCCAUAUGUGGGUAACUAGUACUCAAUCGACCACAGCAGGAUGACUGGAUCAUCCUAUAUAGAGUUGUUGAAAAGAAAGGGAGUGCACUUUAUGGUACCAGUGCAUCUUUUCUCCCAUGGUUUUUAAUUGUAAUUAAAUAUAGAAGAAAGAAGAGGAAUGACUGAAGGAGCUUGAGACAAUGAAGAACCAGCAGUCAGUGGAUACAAUGGCCCUUUAACCGCCACUCAACUGAAAUAUGCUCAGAAAUUUGAGAGAAAUGGGCAUUGUUACGGGAUCUUUCUGUACAGUUCAACCAUCGUUUCGUUUUUUUCUUUUUCCUUUUUUUU